AUGUUGAAACAGCUAAUGGUAUUACUGUACUUUGAAGAGAUUAAUGCUUAUUUUACGAAUGAUUUCAAUAUCUGGCUUAUGGAAUUCUAUGGAUCUGACGUGCAAGCAACGUUGAAUAGGGCAGAUUUGGGUUGGAUGGGUUCCUUUGGUGGCAAACAAUAUCAGAAUCAAACGUUAGCAAGGGAUCCGAUUGUUUUUGUACAUGGUGUUUCGAAUACUGCUGGAGAACAGCCUUUUAUCGGUGCAAGCUAUUUUUUAGCUUCUGGUUACGAUUGGUCAGAAUUAUAUGCGACGACGUAUGCCAAUGGAGCAGAAGGUAAUCCAACGCAAUGGGCGAAAUAUACGAUGAAUUGCAAAUAUGUCAAACAGGUACGAGGACUGAUUGUUGCUGUACACCUGUACACCGGUCGUGCGGUCGAUGUCAUUGCGUAUUCGUUAGGUGUACCUGUGGCUCGGAAAGCUAUCUUGGGAGGCUUAUGCGUAGACACUAGAGAGAAUCUAGGAGGUCCAUUGACAAGUUCUAUCGAUACUUUUGUUGGCAUUGCUGGACCAAAUCAUGGAGUUAUGCCCAAGGUUGGUUUUGCUAGUCUUCCUGCAUGUGCAUUCAACCUGAUGCCUAUUUGCAAUCAGAAUACCGGUCUUUUUUCCGGUAUAUGUCCACUGGAAAGUGCUUUUUUAAAGGAUAUAAAUUCUGCCGCAGGCUAUGAAGGAAGAUAUAUAUUUACUAUUUAUAGUAAAGCUGAUCAAUUUGUUGGAUACAAUAUUUGUGGCAAGAUAACUUCUCAAAUAACCGGUCAAAACGAUGAAAAAGUCUAUGAUAAAAAGGACCAUGAUAAAACAUUCAACGAUUCAUUGCCAGUUCAGCUGCAAAUGGUACUUCAUCAUGUUGUGAUAUGA